GGUUACACUUAAACUCACAAGGUCAAGUAAUCGAUCUAGAGCUUGCUACAAAAAACUUUAGUUAUGCAGAAAAUACACUACGUGACUUGUGGAAUCGUGACCCACUAUUUGGAAAGCUAGUUGCUACAUGCUAUAUUGAUAAAAAUAUUAAUUCAUUUAGGUAG